AUGUCUGGACAAAUCAACGGUUCAACCAACGGUGCUGUCAAUGGAGCAACAAAGAACAAUGACAAUCUACCGAAGGAUCUGGUGGACGAGAUGCAGCGACUCUUUGGCAAGCAUCUAGGCUUCCGCACCACACACGCCAAAGGUCUCCUUGUGGAAGGAACGUUCACACCAACUGAGCAAGCUAAGGUGCUUUCCAUAGCUUGCCACUUCAACCAAGCUUCCACUCCAGUUAUAGCCCGCUUCUCUGUCGGUGGCGGCAUCCCACACAUUCCCGACGUAGAUGAUGGUGCCACACCGAAAGGAUUUGCUGUUCGCUUCCUGACUGAUGAACACACACAUACCGACCUGGUCAGUCAUACCUUCAACGGCUUCGCAACUCGAACAGGUGAAGACUUCCUUGCCUUCCUCCAAGUCUUUCGCGCAUUCCAGACCACAAAAGCCGCGCUUGACAAAGUCAAGGCUAUGGGAGGUGACACAAGUAAUGAGGCAGCAGCCUUCGGGGCAGCUGCAGGCCCCUUCCAGGCCUUCCUCGCCAGCCAUCCCUCCGCAGCUACAUUCGUCCAGUCACCAAAGCCCAACCCUCUCACCUAUGGCCACAUUACCUACUACGAGCCCAAUACGCAUGUCUUGACCAACGCAGAAGGCAAGGUUGCUAACGUCCGCUACCGCCUUGAUCCCGCUGACGGUGACCACCUCCAUCCCAAUGACCCACUCGAGCUCAAGAAGCUCGAUCAUAGCUAUCUAGAAGAAGACCUGCAUGAGCGAUUCCCAGAAAAACCCAUCGUCUUCACUAUCCAGGCACAUGUGGCCGCCGAGAGCGACGUGCUUGAUGAUGCGACAGUGCCGUACAAGAGUACUACUUGGGUGCCAGUGGGCAAGUUGGUCAUUGAUAGAGUGACUGAAGAUAAUGUUGCGAAACAGCAGCAGAUCGCGUUUAGUCCGAGGCCAGAUCUUGGAGGCAUAAAGGGCAUUACUGCAAGUGAGGAUCCACUCAUAUGGGCGAGGAAGGAAGUGUAUCAUAUUAGUGCUGAGCAGAGGAGGCAUGAGACGCAGGUAGAAUAG